UAUGUCUGCUAUAUAGAUACUUGUUUUCUUUCCAAGUGUAUCAGCCAGAUGGUCUCACGAUUCAGAGGUUUUACUUAAAAUGCCCCUAUUUUCAGCAAGCUAAGGCACUACAAGAAAUAACAUAUGGUUAGUAUUUAUUUAUAAAAGUUAUUGGCCACCAAUCUUAUCACAAGGUAACUCUGGACAAGUUAGUAUGCAUCUAGCCCUUAGAGAUAUCCCACAAACCUCAAGAUUUAUGGAAAAAACCAAUUAUCAAUGAAUAGUAUAAGAAAUUCUCCCUAAAUAGUUUGCCACAUAUCAGUCCAAAUGAGCAUGUGACAUGCAUGACAUAUACUAGAAUGUCACCUGAAUAAAAGAUCAAAAGAGAUACCAAUAUUGACUCUCAUUGAGACAAAAUUGACCACAAUUUAGCUCCCAGGGUUCUAGUGCUAUGGAAAAAAGUCUUAUCUUUUGGCUAGGAAUAUAGAUAAAUGGAAGAUCCUCUGUGCGUGAGGGGUCAAGAAGUUCAUCAUGUUGCUUUGGGCCACUAUUUUCUCUAAAUUCAAACUACCUCAGAGAGUUGUUGUUGCAGAGCAUAAGAGGAGAGAACCCUAGAUGCUCUGCCUUCUAUUCCUGAUUGAAAAAUGGGAUAUAAAACUACCUCGCAAGGUUGUUGUUGCAGAGCAUAACAGAAGAUGCUCUGCUUUCCAUUCCUGAUUGAAAAAUGGGAUAUAAAAGUAAUAAAUAAAUGAGUGUUGCAAGAAAAAGGAUCAGGGAGCCCACCCUUAAAACCGCCACAGCAAUGCCAUUAGGGAUUCAGUCCAUUUUACCAAAAGGUCCCAGAAAAAUCCAAUUCCCCAUUUAUACUCUUGUUCUCCUACCCUUAGCGUAAGACCGCUUCUGUGAAAAAGAACGGGCAUUGGAGACCUAAAUAAUAAGGCCGAGGCUCUCCUGGGCCCUUAAAAUAGGUGAAAAGGGUGGCAGCUGUAAAGGGACGGCUCCGCUGGGCAGCUCAGAGUGAAGAGGAGGAAGUUCAUUUUUGAGGCAAAGAGCCCGGGAAGAUUCCUCGGCCGAAAGAAAUGAACUGAGCCAAAGCUGAGAUUCGCUGACCUCCAGCGGCAGAAAGAGUUAAUACGAAGGCGGAGAAAGAGGCGCUCCACCUUCGGCUGGCUGGGGGCAAGGAGUAACUCAGGCAGGGAGAGCCACAGGUAGGCGGCGGCCUUGAUUGUUGUUAUUGGGAUUGCUUAAAGCACUCGCGCCAGGUUUCUGGUGAGACGGAUCGUCUUGCUCCCGUCCCCGUCUUGUCGGUUUCCCAGGGCGGAAGAGCGGCUGUUUCGGGAAAGCAACAAGAGGGGGAUCCCAGGUGACCGGGCGAGGGGUUCAAGCGCCUUCGGGGUCCGCCGAGCAGAGCCCUCCCCUUUUCUUUCCAGCCCGCUUCCUCGUUGACUUCCAAGAACAUCAGUUCUCCCUCCGGUUUUUCUGUUCGGAGCUGCCCGGCAGCGGCGCAAAGCUCUGGAUUCCUCUCGCCCCCCCCCCCCUCCGCCACGCUCCGCUCUUGCAGCGCCUUUUCGGCUAAGCGGCGGGGCAAGCGAACCAACUCUUUCCAAACGCUGGCAUCGGCGCAAUGUACCUGUGGCGAUUCCCCUGCGGGCCCUGGGCUAACGGGGCUGGCGGCCACGCGAGCUCUUUGCUCCGGCCUUUUUAAUAACAAACGGCGAGGAGAAGAAGAAGAAAAAGGAAAGCUCGGCCUUCUUUGGGAAGAGGACCCAGCGCGAAGCUUUCGCUUGGGUUGGAUGCGUGUUGCUUUCCGCCCAGAGAAGCGGAAGCCCAACGAUGCCUUUUCCUCUGAGGACCGUGGCGCCCCUCAAGCUCUGCCGCUUGGAAGAGGGCGCCGCCGCCGUCGUUCAGAGGGACAAAGACGGGCACGCCAGGCGGAGCGGCGCGGGGCUUCGCCUCUUCGACUCUUUGGAAGAAGUCUGCUCCCGCUCGCUGGUCUCCCUCCUCUGGCAGCUCUCUGAUCUCUCCCGCUGGGCCAGCGACAUCUUCAGCGGGAUCCAGAGCGAAGCCGACAGCCUCGGGCGCCGGAGCGUCCGGCUCCAGUGCCGCCUGGAGUCCCUCAAAGCUCUCGCCGGUUGCUUGGAUCACCGCAAAGUCAAAGUCCCUGUCUCCAAUCUAGAUGAAGAGAGUAGAUGGACAGUUCAUUAUACUGCGCCCUGGCAUCAGCAGGAGAAUGUCUUCUUACCAUCCAGCAGGCCGCCCUGCGUAGAGGAGCUGCAUCGUCAAGCCAAAUUGAAUCUGAAGUCCGUACUGAGAGAAUGUGACAAACUUCGGAGAGAUGGCUGUAGAAGUUCUCAAUACUAUUCUCAGGGUCCAACAUUUUCAUCUUCAUCCAGCACAAUCUAUGGAAGUUACCAAGAUGAUUAUGAAGAAAUUGAACAGAAGCAUUCGAUUCCUUCCCCUGAAGAGGAGAAACUCAUUCCUGUCAAAAGACCCAAAACGCCAACUCCUGGUGAAUUGUCUGACAUCAACACUCAGACAAAUUGGACCAAAUCACUUCCAUUGCCAACUCCAGAGGAGAAGAUGCGACAACAGGCUCAAGCAGUCCCAACUGAUGUUAUCCCGAUUAAUGUAACAGGGGAGAAUUUUGACCGCCAAGCCAGCAUACGGAGGUCUUUGGUUUACACAGACAUUGUGGUAAGGCGGCCGAAGAAAAUGAAACGGAGAAAGACUAUUACAGGAAUCCCUGACAACAUCCAAAGAGAGCUAGUUGGCAAUGGCAAAUGUGACAUCCGUGGCCAUUCAUUAUGUGUCCCUGAUCAUUAUUCUACACUAGGAAGACUUGAGGGCUAUCAGUCUUCUAUGCAGCAGUGUGGCACCAAAGACUCCAGCUGUCAGACAGAAGAUAUUAAAGUGGUGCCACCCUCAGUUAGGCGAAUACGUGCACAGAAAGGUCAAGGAAUUGCAGCCCAGAUGUCACAGUUUUCCAGUUCUUCUGGAAACAUGUCUGUGAUGAGUGAUUCUGCUGGAGUCAUGUCUACUUCUCACCUAAAUAAUGACCUGGGCUUUCACAGUCUACCUCGAUCGGGAGCAAGAGUGUCCCUACAGUUACUUGAACGUAGGCAUAGCCUCUCCAAGUCAACAGAAAGUGGACCUUUGUUACAUCAUGUAGGUGUGUGGCAAGGAAAUGAAAGAAUAGAUGAUAUGAGAAAUGGCUGUAGGAUAGAUGGGCUACAGAAGCCAAAAUCUCAAGAAUUAAACUCUGAGAAUGGAAAAACAGAAAGUACAGCAUGUAUGAUCUCUCCACAUGUUGCAUAUUCUACCAUCAACACACCAAAUGCUUCCCUAUCAUCCUGUUCAGAUGUUAUGAAUAACAAUACGGCAGAGAGUUCCGAGACAGUAGAUAAGAAAAUGAUGAACUCUUUGUAUCUAAAGCCUAGAGACAAUCUUGUCGGCAAUGGUAUAAUAAAUUCAAAAGAGCAACGUCAUUCUUCUAAUGGCACCUGGUGUGACAACAGCUCAACACAUCACUCACAGGCCUCAGACACCACUAUCUCAUCCAAUGGUGUAAUGGUGUUUGUAUCCUUUUGUGAUACAGGAACUACAGAAAGUGUCCCCCAAAGUGUGACCUAUAAUUUUAGUAACGAUCACCGUUUUUCAAACCAUUCUCACAACAUUAACAGUAGAAGUGAAUCAAAUUACACUGUGGACAACAUACAGGACAAAGUUAAACAAAAUGCAAAGCACUGUGGAUUCAAACCUUCUGGAAAUGACACCACUUUACACAUGUCAAAGUGUGCCAUUCCAGGUUGCUCCAGCCCUGACUCCCUUGAAAGAGUCUUAGCCAAAGAAGACUCACACUCUUUAUAUUCUGUGGACAAUGAUAUCUCUUACCCUUCUGUGCAUGUGGAUUCAGAUGUCCAGUCUGUUAAAAGCUGCAGUGAAAAUGGUUUUGCAAAUCCCAGGCAUAGUGUCAUUAAUGUGUUUGCUAGAACCGAGAAGAAAUCUCUGGAGGAUUUUGCAAGUUCCAAUGACAAGUCACUCACACGUAGCAUUUCUUUUAAAAAGGCAAAAAAACCACCUCUCCCACCAUCCAGAACAGAUUCUCUUAGAAGAAUCCCCAAGAAUAAACCUCAGUCUAGUGGACAAGUACUGGAUGAUAAGUUGAUAGCUAGCCUUCAACAUUCCUUGCAACUGAACCUCCAGUGCAAAAAUGGCAGCUCACCAUCACAAAGUCCCUGCAGUGAUUAUGAUGAUCCUUGGAUGCUGCGGUCUCGUAGCCAGAGCACUGUGAGUGCCAGUAGCAGCAUGAUGUCUGCCACAGGACUGAACAUGUAUUCCAUCUGUGCAGUCACACCAGCUCAGAGUGACACAAGUAGCAUCAAAUCAGAAUACACUGACCAGUGGUGUUACUACAGUGAUUAUCCUGGGACUCCAGAUGACCAUUUAAAAUCCACAGCAAUUUAUUCCUCUAAUACUUUACCAAAGCUAACUGAUUAUAAUGUUAGUCACCUUAGUGAUGAGUCAAGGGCUUCUAUACCGCCAGUGCCCUCUGGAGUGGCCAAAACAAAAGCUAUUUCUCCAGAAAAAUCACAGAGAGUUACAUCACCGUCUAGUGGGUAUUCCAGCCAAUCCAACACACCCACAGCACUUACACCAGUGCCUGUCGUCCUAAAGUCUAUGUCAACAGGAAAUGCUAAGUCCAAGAUGAAGCCUAGAGUGCCUGAAAGAAAAUCAAGUCUACUGUCUUCAGUUUCAGUGUCUUCCUCUUCCACAUCUCUCUCAUCAAAUACAUCUGCUGAAGGGACCAUAAAGAAACCUGAUCCUACCCUGAGCUUCCCUCCAGCUACAUCAUCUUCACUAGUAUCUUCAGAUUCCAAUGAUCCUCUUCUUCCUCCCCCACCCCCUCCCGUAGCAGAUGUUACUGAUCUUCCUCAGCCACCUGAAUCACCAAGUUUUCCACCUCCUCCCCCAGAUGUUGUCACAAAUGCCUAUUUUCCUCAAAGUAUUGGAUGGUUCAAUAAUCAAGAUAUUUCAAACCAUUCUUCUCAUUCCUUGCUUCCUGAUUCUUCUCAUCACCUCCCACCCACUUUUCCAACUUCAGUUCCUCCACCAGCCCCACCCUUGGAUCCCAAAUUCAUGAGAGAUGGCCAUAAACCUGUACCGUACUCUUUCAAGAAACGUAAUCUGGAAGCUCCUUGCAACAAUUCAAAACGGCUCUUAAAUAAGGAUGUUCUCCCAAGGCCUGCAAUGCCACUAAUAACUACUGAAGCUCUCCAGAGGGUACAGCUGAGGUCAGUGAAGAAAGCUGUGAAAUCAGAGGUAGAGCAGUCAGCUGAGUCUGCUUCCAAAGCAAGUCCUCAGGAGAAAAACCAGGAUUCUUUUUCUGCUGAGUUGCCUUUCAGAUCACAUUUGUCAGGAGGAUACAAUGACACGCUGGGUGCAGUUGGGGGUGAAGCCCAGAGAUCACCUGUUUGUAGCCCAAACAGCAGAAGGUCUGAGCCUACCAGUGCUAAAAUGCCCAGAAAUGCAAUAAGCACAAUUAACUCAUUUGCCAGCGAAUCACAACCAGACAAAGCUGAAGAAGUUUUGGUGCAGAACCAAGACCCUUGUAGUAAUCUUGCAUGUUCAUCCCUUCAGGAACAAUCUGGAUUUCUCAGCAAGCCUCAGGAUAUAUUGCCAAACAAGAAGCCACCGCCUGUUUCAAAGAAACCCAAACUGUUCCUGUUUGUGCCUCCCCCUCAGCCUGAUGUUACAACGGAGAAAAUAGCUGUGGGUGAAACAGCAAGAAGCAUUCCAAGUACAACUAUGAAGGAUGCUGAAAUUGCACGGUACAGCCAGGUUAACAAUUCUCCUACAGAUGGACUUGGUUCCUAUGAAAUGGAGUCUAGCGAUCCGGUCCCCGAAGGAGGAGCUGCGAGUCCUACCUCCUGUGAAAGCAGGGUCUCUAUUCUGCAGCCCCGGCUGGAGGAGCCGGUUUCUUCCUGUGAGCGAAGCAGUCCAGACAGAAAUGUAGACAGCAUCCCUGGAGCAGAGAAGCAGUUUUCUCAAGGGGAUGAAAGUUCUGAAGCGAUUGAAGCAGAUGCAGCAACCAGCUUUUUGCUACAGAGCCCAAGCCAUGGGGAAGGCAGUGAGAUAAUGGCAGUGCCAAGUCGACCAAGGACAACUGAGGAUCUUUUUGCAGCCAUUCACAGAUCCAAAAGGAAAGUCCUUGGCCGCAAAGAUUCUGAGGAUGAUCACGCUCUAAAUCAUUCUCCAUCACCCCCAGUCACACCUACUGGUUCUUCCCCAAACUUGCCUUCCCUGAGGCAGGCAGGAUCAAUUCAGAGAAAUAUUCGCAAGAGCAGCACCAGCAACGACAACUUCAAAGCAUUGCUUCUUAAAAAAGGGAGCCGUUCAGACACCAGUUCUCGUAUGUCAGCAGCAGAGAUGCUAAAGAAUACAGACCCAAGAUUUCAAAGGGCUAGACUAGAUUCUACCGGAGAGCUGAGUGAGAGCACAGUGGCUUCUCCUACCAAGACCAAAAGGCCCCAGGAGGAAUGGGCCAAGAGUGAAGGCCUGAUGCCAAGGAGUCUGUCUCUAUCCAGCACAAGAUACAGCAGAUCUCGAACCCCACCCUCUGCUGCAAGUAGCAAGUACAGCGCUCGAAACCGGAUCCAGAGUAGCCCUAUGACGGUCAUCUGUGAGGGCGAUGUAGAAGUAGUUGAAUCUGCAGAAAGUAGAACUCGCAGGUUUUCAGAAGAGGAACCGCCUGAUGUAUUUGAGAGUGAUGAUGCAGAUAUUAAUGAAAAUAGAGACUCUACUGAGGAUGACAACAUGCUCAUGGACUUGUUAUCUUAAUGGGUAACACAGAAUGCCCUUCAUUUUUUAUACAUAUAUAUAUUAGCAUUUAAACUAAAAAAAGUUUAAAUGAGACUUAAGAGGCUAGACUUUCAUAUAUAACAAAUAAGGCACCGAGUCUAAGUAAAAUUUAGGGUGAAUUUGUGUAUGGGAUGCUGUUUAGAUGAUGCAAUACUGAUAUUCUGUUCAGCAUAAUUGGAUUGACUUUUUUGUUUGGAAGACACUAGUAACCAGACCUCUCCAUUAAAGCCUUAAUAACAACAAUUAUAGUAAUGACAGUUCUUGGAUUGUUGUUUGAGCAUGCUUUUUUUUUUCUUUUUUGAGGGUGUAAAAAACUAAGUAAGCCUGCAAAAAAAAAAAAGCGGGGGGAAGCUUCUGUGGUACAGGUGAAAGUAACUUUUUAAGUAUUAUAUUUAUAAAACCUAGUAAACUUUCAGCAGGGACUAUUGGAAAGGAAUGUGCAGCCUAUUAGUUAGCAGGACUGGCAUUGUCCCACUGCUGCUUCUGAUGUGAUCUGUGAUCUCCUCUUAUGAUCUAACCAUGUCUUAAUAAUAUAACAAGAGUUUGGGUUAAAUUUUGAAAAUUCCAACUGGGGACAAAGAAACACUUGUGAUACAGGAGUGACUGCUGUGCAGCCAUAUUACAAUCCAUUUGCUUGGUUUUCAGAAGCCAUUUAUGCUAUGUGGUUUCUCUGAAUAAAGUUUUGGAGACCUAAAAUAAAUAGCUGCAGGCUUAUAAUGGGGAUGUAGAUAGAUUCAGGGGAAACAUAAUAAUCAGCCAUUAAUGUUUCAAUUUUAAAAUAAAUGCAACAUUGGAAAAGUUACACCAUAGAACUGUGAAGAAUACGUUUUCCUUUUCUAUUAAACUGUGUGGAAUUGUAUUGUUGUCAACUUUUGUCAAAAGGGAGAAGAGCUUUGAAUAACAUAUCACUUGAAAGUUUCAACAGUGACUGUCUUUUUGUUACCAAAGAGUGCACUACAAUUACUUUUACUUUUUAGGAAUAGCCAGCAUUUCCUUCCUUCUAGGGAAAUAACAUUGCUCAUUUAGAAGACUUAACGUUUAUUAAGAAUUUAUCAUUGAUUUACAAAAUAACACUUUCUUCCUUGUAAAGAAAACUACAGACAAAACUGCAGUUUUGCUCACCGUUUUGUAAAGAAACUUUUAAUUUUUGAAAAGGAAUUUUGCAUAAGUUGAUAGUCUGUAAGGUUUUUAUAGUAUUUGUACAUAAUGGAAGUUCUUAAGGUAAUUCUUGUUUUCUCAGAGUUUGGAAUUUCUACAUUUUUAGAUGUUAAGAAAAACCCUGUAUGUAGAUAAUUUAUUUUGAUGAAAAACACUUGACUCCUUUUUUGCCCUCCAUCUCUAUAUUGUUAAUACUGUAAAUUUCAGGGGUCUUCAUUCAACUGAAGAUAGAGACAAUGCUGUGAUUCUGCUUUAAUAAACAAGGCUGCCAUUUGUCA